AUGGCCCUAAUCGGCUCUAGAUGUUCGCCCAACUGCACCGGGUUCAACAGCGAAAAACAAACCGUUUCGAUCGAUAACGCGUUUUUUGAUCUCGUCACCUUCCAAAAGGUCGGCGACGGCAAGUACAACUUCACCAUGGAGGGCUGUGAGCAAAGCAUCAAGACCGACGAAUCGGUAUUCUACCAGAAGGAUUUUCGGGGGAUCAUCGACGAGAUGAAAGUCCACGAACUGGAACCAACCCCGAACAAUACGGACGUAAAUACGUAUACGGUGUGCGUAGCGACAGCCUCUUUCGGCACCGCGUUCAACUACCUGAUUCUGGAGCCGAAUCUCUAUUAUAAUUAUUAUUACGCCCUGUUGAUGGGUGGCGACAGAGCAGAUGGAAACAUGACAACCGGAGAUGGAAGUUGCAACCCUUAUUGCGCGGCAACCUACGACCCGGACCAAGAAUUGAAAAUCAGCUACGCUGGGGUCGAAUCCAUCGACGUAUACUACAACUCGCAGUUGAUGAACUUUUUAUGGAAAUUGGAUACGGAUGAGGAGAACAUCACCAUCAGCUCCGAAUGCCAGCACCGCCUCAACUGCCAAUCGGGACAAAACUUACCCUACCAAGUCGUUGAAGUCUGCCCCAAACGCCUCAACAAAAGGUGCAUCUACUCCAGUGCCGACAGACUUUAUCCAAUCGACACAAGGAGAUACGUCGCAGCCGACGUCGCCAACAAACAGCACGACUGCAACCACUACUGUACCUACCAAGCCGUCUACGAGGAGUACGACGACGACUACUACUACUACAACAUGCACAACGAUGACUACAACAAGUACAACUUACUCAACGACCUCCACCACGAGCCCGACGUUGUCGACAAGUACAAGCGCACCUCCGGAAAAUACGAGUGCAGAGACGCCAUCUACUACCCCGGGAUCUACGAGCACGCCAGCAACAAGUACAACGAGCCUGGAAACUACGGCAACGUCACUUCUAACGACGUCUCCAGAGCCGACACUGUGCACCGAUUGUCAAUAUACCCUCAAGAAUUUGUCAGAUAUCCAGAUGACCUACGACAACAUGCCGAUCAUCUUGAAUUUGACGCUGGAAUUUACAACCUGACGUCAUCACUCGAAAAAAUCGUCGUCGCCUCUCCAGUGGAGAUAAACUUCAAUACCGGCCAAAACAUCGGCCUGGCAACACGACUGCUAGCCGAUGGGUACUGUGGAAAUCUGAAGGUCGCAAGCACAGACGGAAAAUUCGACGAAGUUCCGGAUAGUGGUUCGUCGUCUUCUGAUGCUUCUGUAGAGUUGCCGUCGAGUUUUCUGUGUAAUUCCGGAGCCACUCACGCCGUCGUCUCGAUCCACCGGAACCGGAAGCUAUUCGUCGGGCAAACGUAUAAUAAAAUCAAGACCUCGUUAAAGGGCAAAGCUUCUGAAGCUGAUCUAGAUGAUGACGAUGACGAUGAGAGACCGCUGAACAAGACCGGCAUGCUUUUCGACCCACCGGCGGCGCCGCAUCCCUGUGAUCGGCAGCUUUUCAUGCAAGAUAACGGCCACAUAUUUUCGGCGACGGCUAUGCAAAAACACGAGAAUAACACUAUCCGAUACAUCACAAGAGCUGCCGAAGCAUCGACUUCAAAAGUUACUGCGCGGAUUACUGUGGAUACUUCGAAGUACGUCCAUCCCUUCCACGGACGCUACGAAAUUUCGUGGUGGGACCAGGUGCGGUGGGCUAGCCACGACAUGUGCCGCAUCAUCAGCAACAAGGCCGGCAAGAUCACGGCCGAAUGCGAGCAUCUGACGGAUUUUACGUUGUUGAUUGACGGCCAUGUGGAUGACCCGCUCGUCUGUGACCUGAUGCUCAUGUGGAUGGGAAGAGUCAUCAAUAUCUCUUCCAUCGCCUGCCUUUUCUUGCUUAUCGUCGUCUUCGGCUUGGCCAACCUCAGCGCCACCCUACCACAAGUCCGUCGCCACUGGCUGGCACGCAGAAUUGUCGGGAAGCGAGUCCAGCGUUCAACUCUACAAUUUUUGUAUAUCGUCACGUUGUGCCUCUUCUACUUGAUUUUCACGAUUUUCUCCAACAAAACGGUCGCCGGCAGGUUUUGUGAGGAGUUCGCCGCGAUCAGCUACACAUUGUUUAUCAGCUGCAUCAUCCUCACCAUGAUCCAAUCCGCCAAUGUUGUCAAGAAUUUCCACAGCGAUCGGGAAAUGAUCUCCAUCAUGGUCAGCAACGUCAGCAGGCCGCUUGUGGCGUUUAUUGUCUCGUUUGGUAUCCCCGUCAUCUUGGCGACGUUGCUGUACUUCUUCACCUAUUUUUAUCAACGCCAGGAUAAUUUCUGCUGGGUGCGGCACGACAUGAUUGCGUUCGCCAUCGUCAUCCCACUAUCAUUGUUGCUACUAAACGGGAUAGCUUGUACAAUUUUUGUGGCCCGGAAGCUGUUCUACACCGGGGAAUCGGCAGCUGAGGUCCGACUGACGCGAGCCCACGUCAAGCAGCGGGUGGUCACGCUCUUACUGAUGCAACUGACCCUCGGAAUGCCCUGGAUCCUGCAAUACCUGGCAAUAUUCUCCCCAGGAAUCACUGCCUACCACUACUUGUUCACAGUAGUCAACGGAAGUCAAGGGACGAUGAUAUUCGCACUGGCGGUGUAUCGGAGGUGGCGACAGAACGUUACAAAUCUCGAAGAGGUGAUGCUCCUCUGGUUGCUCAGUUUUCAUUUGUUCUCGCAAGUGGCGGGGAUCUUUGAGCUUGAUCCCUACAUACCGAUGGUUCCCUGGAAGGACGGGUGGGAGAAGACAAAGACGGACAAUGUGCGCAUCUACCGCUAUUUGCAUCAAUACAUGACUUGGUCGCGGCCGACAGCCUGCACGACCGAUGGGGAACCGUAUAAGGCAAGCCAAUAUUCAAACCUGUGGGAAGACCGUUACCCCGGCGCCUUGCCGGGCCGCAUCUUCGAGCAGCACGGCGAGAAUCUGCACAUUCAUCAAGCAUCGCCAAGGGACGCCGGCGUCUACCUGUGCUACGAUCGGGUGGCGUUGAGUACGGUCCGCUACUUCUACGUGUUGCACGCCAUGACGCCGAUCAACGGCGUUCACCAGAUGGAGAAGAUUGACGGGUAUCUGGAGCGCGAGAAUCCGCACAGGGAUAUGGGCAGAAUGCACUGCUCAGUGUACAAGGAAACGUCGCGUUUCACGUGCGCAAAUGGCGAUACGGACCCGCCAUGCUUGGACGCCACGGCGACGAAGAUGUACCCCGACACCAAGUGGCAAUUCAAUUGGCGGCCAGUCAUCUACCGCCCGCCCAACGCGCCGUUGUGUUUUCCGGGAGAUCGACGAUGCCAGGGAUGGAUGGACGCUUUGGGCAAGAUUUACGAAGAAGGCGGGAAGACUGACGAUCCGCGAGAACGGUUGGUGCUCCGAAAAGUACCCGAGAAGCCGGUGGAUCUGAAAUUUCGGGAUCGCUUUAUGACCAACUUCGCCCUCGCCUUCCGCUGGGAACCCUGGACCAAGUGCCGUCGAGGACAGCCCUUUCAAAGACGUGAAGGCCACUGCGUGCUCCAGUUCAGCGCCGGAAAGAAGGAGAACAACGAGAACAACGACAGCAACGACUCCACAGACUGGAUGAAGCAUCUCGCCACGCUGCUGAAGCUGGCCAGCGAGGGCACGGCGUCGGUGAGGCUGUACAGCUCGCUGGUGAUGUCGAUGAUUUUGGACGCGUACAUCGAGACGGAUUGCGGCACCAUCAACCGGGCGGCCAGCCCAAAAUUUGCCCAUCUGCAGGACUUUUUCGAGCAGGUCGUCUACCCGUCGAUCGGCAUCCCGACUGACUUUGGGAGCAGUUCAAAAGGAUUUGUGCUGGCCGACGAGUGGCAGGCUUGCUUCAAGUUGGUGUUACUUGAUCAAGUUUUC